GUUGAAAAGUGCAGCAAAUAGAGAUUUUCAUUGAUUUCUUUACUACGAAGCUGAAACUAUGUGAAACCUAUUGAAAAAUCAGAGAGUGAAAAGUAUAUUUAUACGUAGAAAAACAAAGAAUCACACGUGCUAAACAAAUAAGAUAUUGAAGAUACAAACAACAGAAAUGUACAAUAAUGGCGGGAAAAAGUGAAAUAUCGAUGUAGUAUUUAUAGAACUAAUGAACGCCGGCCGGCGAUUUGUUUUUGGUUUUAGCAACGUUUAAAUAACGUGAUAGUAUUAUUCGCUAAUUAAUCUAUUUUUUUUUACAAAGAAGUAUCUUAUAACUAACUGUUGGCUGGAAUUUCUUGCUAAGUUUAAAGCGGAACGAUUAUUUUUUUACAUGAAAUUAAGCAACGUAUAACCAGCUUUUGUUGCUUAGCUGUAUCGUAUGCAACGUUUUAUAUAGCUUGUCAAGCAGCUGUAACGAUGACGGAAAAGAAUACAUAUUCGCAAUUUGAUAAAAACAACUCUCCCUAUUGUUGUGAUACUACGACGACUACGAACUAUCUCACCAACGUAAAUAAUUAUCCAGUUUAUCCGCACCGAAGUAAUUUAUUUUUACCUAUACAUUGUGCGAAUUCAUGGUGUUACGAAGACUCACAGGAGAGUUCAAUGUUCAGAGAAAAAACCUACGGAGAUUCGACCAAAAGUUUUCGACUGUAUCACAAAAGCGAUGAAGUUGACAGAUCUCCGCUGUUACAGAAAAGUCCCAUCUUUUUGGAUGACGUUAGAAGCGCCGCUCUCGCGUUGACGUCUUUAUCGUUGGCGUCUCCCGCGUCAAGCGCGGCGUCGUCUGAAGAAUUUGGAAAAGUUCGCUCAGCAGACAGUGCGUUUAUCUUUCCGCCUAAGAACACCCCAACAGAAGAAACAGAAUAUUUUAAUAACGCACAUGUGACCACAUCUCAUCUCGACUACAGAUACAACAACAUGUAUCACCACAGAAGGUCGCCACGUUUGUUAGACGAAUCAAAAAUACAUUGUCACGCAGGCGAUUAUAUUGCGCAUUCUCCGCGUUUAAAUAGAGCAAAAGAAGACGAAACUGACUACAAUGAAUCACGGUAUGUUAAACCACGCAGUUAUUCUUACAGAGACUACAAUAACACGCGCACACAACCGGUACCGAUAAAAUCAAAACCCAGAAGUUAUUCUUUCGAUGCGGUUGGAAGAGCUUGCAAAAACAUAUAUGGUAGCGAUACCACGCACGAUUUGAUUGGCUAUCAAAGUGCGCCUCAGUCAAGCGCACAAAUGAUACAGGGGAGACUGGGGCGAUGUUCUAUCGAUGAUGGGAUUGGUAGUUCGAGUGGUAGCGCAGACUCAGUAGAACAUCCUCCGACCAAACGGAAGCUGCCAUGUCGCACCAUAUUUCGCUGCAUGUGGAGAGGAUGCGACAAAGAAUUAACUACACUUUCUGGCAUCAUCUUACACGUGCGACAUGCGCAUAUCGGACCCUCGAAAGCUGGUGAAGAGGAGUUUUACUUUGAUGACGUUAACAUUGAUAGUACCACAACAUCUGGUAUCUCAUCCAGUGAAGAGAGUUUAAAUGAAGAAUGUUCCAAAACGAAAUACAGAAAAUCAGUGACUGAAGAGGACUUAAUAAUAAACCAAAAUGAACCAAUUGACAAUGAUGUUUUUAAGUCUGAUUGCCAACCUGAGUUGCACAACUUAGAUAUACGCACCAUCUUUGACAAAACAAAAAUUUUAAGCAACACAGAGAGAUGCAUGCAAAAAGAAACAAAACAACAACCAGUCAGCACAUCACACGAAAAUCAUCGCCUUGCUUAUUUCUCUACAAUUAGUGCUUCCACUUAUCCGUCCAACUAUAACCUGCCAAAUAACUCUAAAAGUGCUUUGUCAAAGAAGAAUACAGCGAGGCACUUAGACUCACCUGUAUUUAACAUAAAUUUUACUGACAACACUUCGUCUGUUUCUCCAGUAACAGCCACGCGAAUUUUUAUUCCGGCGGAAGUAACACAGAGAACUAGAGGGAAAGGUCGAAAGAAAUGCAGAAAAGUUUACGGAAUGAGCAAUAAAAAAUUAUGGUGCACCCAAUGCCGCUGGAAAAAAGCCUGUGCUAGGUUUACGUGACUAACUUGGUGUGAAUAGCUAAAUUCUUUGCUUAUUUGACUAACGUGGUGUGAAUAUUUAAUUUUUUCACUUUACUGUAAAUAUUUGUAAAUAAGGUAAAAAACAAAAUAUAAAAUAGAUAUUAAAAGUUGAUAA